CCCGCAACACUCCGGACCCCGGUGCCCACGGCAGCUGCGCCGAGAAGGCCACACACACAUGCUCUGCGCGUUAGAGCAGAAGUGUAUCAAGCCGGAGCAGGAGACGGAAAUGAAGCAGAAGUUGUUUUAGAAACCGACAGAAAACACCAGAAGAAGAUGAAAGAAGAGCUGAUGCUUUGAGCAGUUCGAUGUUCAUCAUGAGAGAGCAGGUGGAUGUGAUUCAUGCUGGAGAACAGCAGAUGCUGCAGACACCAGUGCAGAUGUGUUCAGUGAAGCUGCUGGACUGCAGGAACAUGAUGAAGAUGGAAGGAGAAAUCAAACUAGAGGAUCAACAGAGUGAUGAAGAUGAAACCACUGUAGAGGAAGAACAGAGUGAUGAUGAUUUUAUUCCUUCAGAGCUGAUGGGUGUGAAAGAGGAACUUCAAGAGCUGAAUGAAGUGGAGGAGAAACAUCAUGAUUUCAUAACUGGAGAAAAAUCUUUGAGUUGCUCUCAGUGUGGAAAAUGUUUCAAAGAUAAAAGCAACCUUAUUAAGCACACAAGGAUUCAUACUAGAGAGAAGCCUUAUAAGUGCCAUCUGUGUGGAAAGAGUUUCUCACGUAAAGAACAUUUUACUGUGCACACAAGAAUUCACACUGGAGAGAAGCCUUACACGUGCCAACAGUGUGGAAAAGGUUUCAGACGUAAAGAUUACCUUAAUCUGCACACAAGAGUUCACGCAAUAAAGAAGCCUUACACGUGCAAUCAAUGUGGAGAAGUUUUCAAACGUAAAAAACACUUUAUUCUGCACACAAGAAUUCACACAAAUAAGUCUUACACGUGCCAACUGUGUGGAAAAGGUUUUGCAUGUAAAGAAAGUCUUAAUGUGCACACAACAAUUCACACUGGAGAGAGGCCUUUCACAUGCUCUCAGUGUGGAAAAGGUUUCAAAACUAAACGAAACCUUACGAAGCACACAAGGAUUCAUACUGGAGAGAAGCCUCACACGUGCCAUCUGUGUGAAAAGAGUUUCGCACGGAAAGAAAGUCUUACAAUGCACAUAAUGAUUCAUACUGGAGAGAAGCCUUACAUGUGCCAUCAGUGUGGAAAAGGUUUCAUUCGUAAAAAUCACCUUAAUCUGCACACAAGAGUUCACACUGGAGAGAAGCCUUACACGUGCCAUCAGUGUGGAAAGGGUUUCAUGGAUAAAGGAAGCCUUAAUAAGCACACAAGAAGUCAUACUGGAGAGAAGCCUUACACGUGUCAUCAGUGUGGAAAGAGUUUCGCACGUAAAGAACGUCUUCAUGUACACACAAGAGUUCACACAGGAGAGAGGCCUUACACAUGCCAACAGUGUGGAAAAAGUUUCAAACAUAAAGAACGCUUAAAUCUGCACACAAGAUUUCACACGAAGCCUCACACAUGCCAACUGUGUGGAAAAGAUUUCGUAUAUGCAGCUAGUCUCAAAUAUCAUCUCCGCGGUCACUCUGGAGAAAGGCCUUUUAAAUGUGAUAAAUGUGAUAAAACAUUUGUUGUGGAAUCAGUCCUAAAACAACAUCUGAAAACACACAGAAAUGAGAAGCCUUUCAAGUGUUCUUUUUGUGGAAAGGGUUUUACACAUCCUUCCUAUUUUAAAGAGCACCAGAAAAUACAUUCCGGUGCCGAGGUGAAUAAGUGCUCUGAAUGUGGGAGGACCUUUACUACAGCCGGCCACUUGAAAGAGCACCAAAGAAUCCAUACUGGAGAGAAACCUUUUAUGUGCUCAUACUGUGGAAAGACUUUCAGUAGGUCACAUGGCCUGAACAAGCAUGAGAUAAUUCACACCGGAGAGAAACCAUACAAGUGCUCACACUGUGGAAAGAGUUUCACUCGGUCACAAAACAUGAAAGUACACGAGAGAAUCCAUACUGGAGAAAAACCAUACCACUGCUCCUCAUGUGGAAAAGGUUUCAACCGAUUAGGUCAUCUACAGAAACAUGUCAAAAAUAAUUGCCCAAGUAGUGACAGUGAGCAAAAACCAUCUGGUCCAAAAAUAUCAAAUGUGUUAGAUCGGCGUCAUUGGAUGUCUAAAGAGUGUCUGGAAUCCAUAUUGGGAUUGAAGCAUAGUCCCACAUGGGAUGUGAUUCAUGCUGGAGAACAGCAGAUGCUACAGACACCAGUGCAGAUGUGUUUAGUGAAGCUGCUGGACUGCAGGAACCUGAUGGAGAUGGAAGGAGAAAUCAAACUAGAGGAUCAACAGAGUGAUGAAGAUGAAACCACUGUAGAGGAAGAACAUUGUGAUGAAGAUGAUGAAACCACAGCAGAGGAACAACAGAGCAAUGAAGAUGAUAAUGAAACCACAGCAGAGGAAGAACAGAGUGAUGAUGAUUUUAUUACUUCAGAGCUGAUGGAAGUGAAAGAGGAACAUCAAGAGCUGAAUGAAGUGGAGGAGGAACAUCAUGAUUUCAUAACUGGAGAAAAAUCUUUGAGUUGCUCUCAGUGUGGAAAAUGUUUCAAAGAUAAAAGAAACCUUAAGAAGCACACAAGGAUUCAUACUGGAGAGAAGCCUUACACGUGCCAUCAAUGUGGAAAGAGUUUCUCACGUAAAGAACAUUUUACUGUGCACACAAGAAUUCACACUGGAGAGAAGCCUUACACGUGCCAACAGUGUGGAAAAGGUUUCAGACGUAAAGAUCACCUUAAUAUGCACACAAGAGUUCACACAAUAAAGAAGCCUUACACGUGCAAUCAAUGUGGAGAAGUUUUCAAAUGUAAAGAACAAUUUAUUUUACACACAAGAAUUCACACGAAGUCUUACACGUGCCAAUUGUGUGGAAAAGGUUUUGCAUGUAAAGAAAGUCUUAAUGUGCACACAAAAAUUCACAAUGGAGAGAGGCCUUUCACAUGCUCUCAGUGUGGAAAAUGUUUCAAAACUAAAAGAAACCUUACAAAGCACACAAGGAUUCAUACUGGAGAGAAGCCUCACACGUGCCAUCUGUGUGAAAAGAGUUUUGUACGUAAAGAACAUCUUACUGUGCACAUAAUGAUUCAUACUGGAGAGAAGCCUUACACGUGCCAUCAGUGUGGAAAAGGUUUCAAAUGUAAAGAUCGCCUUAAUCUGCACACAAGAGUUCACACUGGAGAGAAGCCUUACACGUGCGAUCAGUGUGGAAAGAGUUUCACAGAUAAAGGAAGCCUUAAUAAGCACACAAGAGUUCAUACUGGAGAGAAGCCUUAUACGUGCCAACAGUGUGGAAAGAGUUUCGCACGUAAAGAACGUCUUCAUGUACACACAAGAGUUCACACAGGAGAGAGGCCUUACACAUGCCAACAGUGUGGAAAAAGUUUCAAGCGUAAAGAACGCUUAAAUCUGCACACAAGAUUUCACACGAAGCCUCACACAUGCCAACUGUGUGGAAAAGAUUUCGUAUAUGCACCUAGUCUCAAAUAUCAUCUCCGCGGUCACUCUGGAGAAAGGCCUUUUAAAUGUGAUAAAUGUGAUAAAACAUUUGUUGUAGAAUCAGUCCUAAAAAAACAUCUGAAAACUCACACAAAUGAGAAGCCUUUCAAGUGUUCUUUUUGUGGAAAGAGUUUUACACAUCCUUCCUAUUUUAAACAGCACCAGAAAAUACAUUCCGGUGCCGAGGUGAAUAAGUGCUCUGAAUGUGGGAGGACCUUUACUACAGCCGGCCACUUGAAAGAGCACCAAAGAAUCCAUACUGCCGAGAAACCUUUUAUGUGCUCAUACUGUGGAAAGACCUUCAAUAAGUCACAUGGCCUGAAAAAACACGAGAGAAUUCACACCGGAGAGAAACCAUACAAGUGCUCACACUGUGGAAAGAGUUUCACUCUGUCACAAAACAUGAAAGUACACGAGAGAAUCCAUACUGGAGAAAAACCAUACCACUGCUCUUCAUGCGGAAAAGGUUUCAACCGAUCAGGACAUCUACAGCAACAUGUCAAAAAUAAUUGCCCAAGUAGUCACAGUGACCAAGAAUCAUCUUCAGGUCCAACAAUAUCAAGCAAAUAGUUUGAAAUUCAGAUAAACCCAAAGAUAGAAUUCCUCUCAGAUGUGCAGCAUCAUUUAAAGUCUCGGGUAUACUUUGUUUUUCUGCGUUCCGGAUCGCGUUCCGGAUCGCCUCGCACACUGUCGAGUACUCAGCCAUUCAAAGUAUACUCUUUUGACAGCAAGCAACUACAAACGCGUUUGAUGCAUGUACGCUACGACUAGUUUGUGAUACAGUCAACAGCAAGUGCAUGCGCCAAUGAUGCAUACAGACUUGGACUGAUUCUCGAGAAAAUAUGGGCAGCACAUGGACCAUCCGUGCAGACUGUGCUGACGACGAAAAGUGCUUUAUGCAUACUGUGUGUGUUACGAUCAGCAAUGAAGACAACCAAAGUUUACUUUGCUCUUCAGGCCGCCUUUACACCUGGUAUUAACUUGCCUUUCAUUGUGUCAGGAUAUUCUUUAGCUGGAUUGCAUUUACACCUCGCAGUCACGUGCUAGUAGAUGAGAAUGUUUUCUCAAGCAAGCUGUCCACUCUUGCUUCUCCUUUGUUUAACCUUUUGUUUAAAUAAUUGUUUCUAAAAUUAUGGCUUGUGUGGCCAUAAAUGUUGUCGCAAUGUGUUUAAUUAAAUGUGCAAUUAU